AUGGAAGAGACGGCACAGAGGGCGAUGGCAGCUUUUGCUGCGGGAGACUCUGAGGCGGUCCAACGCGUCCUCGGGUCGUUGCAGGUUCCUGAAGUGCAGUAUGCCGUCCAACGCACACAAGAACUUGGAAACCAAUGCUUCAGGGAUGGCGACUAUAGAGGUGCUCUGAAGCACUACGCAGAAGCUAUCACCGCGUACAAACACUUGGUGCCUGCACCCGAGAAAGGCUCAAAGUCUCAGCCCCCCAUGCAACAGCAACACACAUUUAAGAAGCAGCUGCAGCAGCUCCACUCCAACUGCAGCGCGUGCUUCGCAGCUAUGAGUCGAUAUGACGACGCACUCGAGGCAGCGCGAGAGUGCAUCAAACUAAGCCCAGCAUGGCCAAAGGGCUGGUUUAGGGCGGGACGGGCGCUCUUUGGAAAAGCGGAUUUUGCCGGCGCGAUUGCAGCCUUUCAGCAAGCGCAGCGGUACCAGCCAGAUGAGAAGGGGCUCGCUAGCUGGCUAGCCAAGAGCAGAGAGGCUCUGGAGCAUCAAAAGCAGCGGAUGCGGGUCAGCUUGGAUUACAGCAGGUUCAAAGGCAUCCAACCAGAGGAAGAGGAGGAGCCUAUGAAAGUGGUGCCUGAUGCUGGGGGGGGCCUCGAAACGGGCAUGCUUGAGUUUCCUCCAGAGACGUCGGAGGAGCAUCGCCGUCAAAUUGAAUCCCUUCUGACAGGGGGAUCUGGCGCUUUUGAGCCCGGCUCCAGUAACACGAAUUUCGUCUCACAGCUUCUGCGCUUUGAUCCGCUCGAAAAAGGCGCAGACUUGCCUUGCGACUUCACCGAGGUGUACAAGGAGCUCGCAGAUUCCACCUCAUCUCCUGAACGGCAGCAGCGCCUGCUCAAGGCGCAAGUUGGCCUUGCGUUUUCCAAUUUCAUCCAGAUGGGAAGCGAUCUCCGCGAAGCGCAGCGAUGUCGGCAAGCAGCAAACUGCCCUCUUUCAAAAGCGUUCUUAUCAGGCGUUCGGCGGGCAGUCCAGGAGGCUCUCAUAAACCCAAGCGCUGACAUCAGGAAGACCCCAAACGAAAGCUGCCAUGAUGCGCAAGUCUCAGAGAGUGACAUCAACCAUCGCGUGGCGCAGCAGCACUGUUUCUUUCUCGGCAUGGGAGACUGCGCUCCUCUGCUUGAAGCGACUCGCCUGGUUGCCAAAGCACAGGAGAGCAGUGAAGCAACGUGCGCGCCCCUCACCUUGACGGCGUGUCCACUGUUUUCCUCUCCGCCGAUGCUGGCGACUUAUGCUGAAGUGCUGAAGGUCUGUGGUGCCGCCGAGGCCGCUCGCAUCUUGCCUUUGAGUCCGUACCUUCUGAAACGUUCUGCCGACUCAGGAGAGCAAGAAAAACACGCAUAUAACAGGCAGAAAUACGACGAAAAAGCUGGAGGCAAGAGGGAUGAAGACACAAACUACGGAGGGGAUUCUGGGGGACACGUAACAGUCCCGCCAAACCAAAGAGUCGUGACGACGACUCAAACAGAACUGCUGCUACGGCACCCCUUCAACUGCCUCUUCCUGGACUCCACGCUGUUCGAGGUCGGAGUGCUUGGACGGCAACUGUUGCCCCUCGUUCGCCACGCCCGAAGCCUCUGCACCGAAAGGCCUCUGGUGUUUCCUGCAAGCGUAGACGUAUGGAUUCAGGCAUACGAAGUUCGGCUUCCCAAAAUAAGGCCCCUUGGUGCUUUUCGCAGUCCACCAGCUUCAAAAGACGGAGACACAGCAGCACCGACAGCUGGCGCAGAAGCACAGGCCUCAAGAUCAGCGGACCCAAGGCUGCUUGAUGUGUCGCCGCUUGAGGCAGCUGCUCGAUGGACCCCUCAUGUAGCCUCUGUUGCGCUGCAGCUCUAUCCUGAUGAAGUAACAGAAGCUUCGGUGGAUUACGAAGCCGCCGCUCCAUACGGGGACGUCUGUACACCACGCACUGAAGCUAGAAAGGUGCUGUCCUUCCGGUUCGAUGGAUCUCUCGCUAAUCUAGAAGAGGAUUUGCCUCUGGACCAGGAAAAGACCUUUUGGCUUGAAUCUAAUUCACGUCCAGGCUAUGUUAAUGCUUUUGCGAUUUGGAUGGACAUCAAUGAGCGACGGGGAAAGCCUGCAGAAAAGCAUCCCGGAGAGCCUGAAAAGCCAGCGUCCCAUGUGCUUUUUUUCUCAACUGCUCCAGUGAAAAGGCAAGGUGACGUCCAUGGAAUUGUAGCCACAGCAUCCAGUGUAGAACCAAGAACCACACUAAGUGCAGAAGCGCGGCACCAAGGCGAGCGCCCUAUAAAGCAGGGCCUUCAAUGGGUUCCCCCGGUGUGGCUUGAGGAAGGGCAACGCAUUCGAGUACAGGUGUCGCAUGGACCUACAAAACUUUCCCUCAGAAUAAUCGAGGACCCUGCUUCCUCCAGCGGCCCUACAGCACGCAAGCGAAAAUACUGUGCUGCCUCGGAGCAUCGGACCGCGCUGCCACCGCAUUAUCUGGACGUCGCACGCGAUCCUGUCUUAGUUCGCCUGCUACAAGAGGCUUUAUUGCAGCACAUGGAGCACCAGUUUGAUGGAUACCAGCGCACGGUGAGGAGGAGACAGAGGCUACUACGAGCAGGCAGCGGACUCGGAGCAGGUAACGAGGGCCCCCAGCAGCAGCUGGCAGAAGCUGUGAGAAGUGUGCCCCCGGUGUCGCUCUUGUGCUGUGGGGGUUGCGCCCUGCUGCCGCUCCUCUCCCUGCAAGCCGCCACAUAUGCGUUUUUCGAUUCUGCGGAGAUGCGAGAGAUCAGAGACUGCGGGGCCCUCAUGCCUAUUAGGAUGGUGGCUGCAGAGCCUCUUAGUGGCGUCCACGCAGUGACUAAAAAGCUGCUGUCCGUCAAUGCGGAGACACAAACUCAGCUUGAACUAGGGGGAGGUUGGCGCCCUAUCAAGGAGUUGUCGAGAACGGCAAAAGCAAUAGCGACAGCAGCACCUCCAGCCCACUCUAAGGUCGAAUCGUCGCAAGUGAACUCCUCCAAGAGCGACAAAGCCGAUGAAGUCACGUUGCUGCAUAAAGUCAAACUGAAGGAGACAGUAAAGAUCCUCCAGACAAGCCUCUUCGGUCUCUUACCUUCAGAGGAUGCGGAAGACACUACAGCGCUUUUGGCGGUUGCCGAGGCGCACAGAAUGAAGCCAGGGGUGGACAUUAAGCAGCAGCUGCAGGAGCUUCUUUUGCAACAAGAAAAAAGCGAUUCGCACAAAGAUAGCCCUGGCAGGCUACGCAGGCUGGAGUCUCCAGCCUGGGUAUUUGCGUCCCUGGGUCUUGACAAUGCAGGAUUAGGCGAGGGGGUUCUCGUGCACUUGAAAUACGCGGCUCGGGCCCUACUAAAGCGCAAAGGUGCAGGAUUGCUUCCCGGUGGAAUUAAAGUGAUGGGAGCACUGCUGCAGUUGGGUGUAGGCCCCUCAGACGGGCGCACUGUUACAGCAGAAGCAGCCACUGCAGAAGUAUGGCACGCCGCUGCUGCUGCUGCAACAGCGGAUGCGGGAGAUUACUUUGAGGUGUGCCUUGAAGAGGAAGACUUCUUACUGUUAAGUAAUCCCGUGGAGCUUUGGAGCGCAGAAUGCGAUGCGGAAACGAUUGUUGCUCUGAAGGACGUGAACGCCCGGAAACUUGAUUCUACCUAUGCCAUAGAGGCCAUCCAUAGUGGCAAGGUUAACGCAUUAGGGAUCUGGUUCGAGUUCUCUCUAGGGCAGCAAAAAGUUUCCAGCCAGCCCGUCGCGAUAAGAAGGUUGCUGCAGCAGGUCUCUUAUGAAGCUGCUCCUGCAGGUGUUGCAGGCUCCACACUUCCAAUGCACUAUACAAGAGCUUGGCGACAAGCAGUCAUAGCAAUUCCGACACAGCAGGUAUCCAAGGGGGACGCUGUAGUACUUCGCGUACAUACAGGAGACGCGCAGCUUAUGGCAAUCAUCGGCUCGAGCAGCGAUGCGGCUCAGAAGAACGAUGGUGAAAGCGACGGAUACGGCAAGAGUCUGCAACAAUUGUGGAAAUCGCUGCGCACCGCGCAUGGGCGUGCAUCCGAGGCGUGGGUGCGUUUGCUUUAUGCGCCCCCUGAUAUAGGCCAAAAAGCCCAUUCAUCGAGGCCACAACCAGCUCAGAUUGCUGAAACAGCAGCGUCUAUCGGUCGGUGGGCAGCUGAGCAGCGAAGCUUUUUCCUAGAUCCUAUGGAAGCCGCUGGGGUACUACGUGCGCUUUUUUAUUAA